AUGAAUCAAGUUCAAACAACAGUAGCAUCAGAAUAUUCAUCUGAAAUAAAUAAAAUUCCAAUUGAACACCGUUUUAAUCCUUAUUCAGAUAAUGGUGGUACUGUUUUAGGUAUUGCAGGUAAAGAUUUUGCUGUUUUAGCUGGUGAUACUCGACAAUCAGAAGGUUAUUCAAUUCAAUCAAGAUAUGAAAAAAAAAUUCAUAAUGUUGGUGAUAAUAUUUUAAUGACUGCAAAUGGAUUUGCGGCUGAUGGUGUUGAGUUAAUUGAUCAAUUUAAACAACAAUUGAAAUGGUAUAAAUUUGAUAAUCAAAAUCAGAAACUUAAAAUUGGGUCUGCUGCUAGAUACAUUCAACAUUUAUUAUAUAACAAGAGAUUUUUUCCAUUUUAUGUACAUACUUUAAUUGCUGGUUUAGAUGAUGAUGGAAAAGGUGCUAUAUAUUCUUACGAUCCUGUUGGUAGUUAUGAACGUGAACAAUGUAGAGCUGGUGGUGCUGCUGCUUCUUUAAUUAUGCCAUUUUUAGAUAAUCAAGUUAAUUUUAAAAAUCAAAUGAUACCUGGAACAAACGAAAAUAAAACAAUUGAAUUUUUAGAAUUAGAUGAAGUUAUUAAAUUAGUUAGAGAUGCUUUUACUUCUGCUGGUGAAAGACAUAUUUAUGUUGGUGAUGGAUUGGAGAUAUUGAUUGUUACUAAAGAGGGUGUUAGAACCGAAUAUUAUCCAUUGAAGAGAGAUUAG